AUUGUCAGGUGUUUUAGGUUCAUUCAAGCUAAAGAGGCCAACGAUAUGUUAUUCAUUUGUAUGUAUACUGUAUAUUUUUACUAUUUUGCAUGCUAAUUACGUAAUUAAGUGAAGACGGUUAAUUUGUAGCUUUUACUAUACGUCGUACUGUCGUGUAUUUAACGCUUUAUGUAUGUGUUCUUUAUUUAGUUUUUACGGCAUAUAGAGGCAUAGUGACGCAUACGGGAGAAUAUUAGAGAAAAUGAUCGAUAAAUGCCCGUAAAAGAAAACAGCUUGUGUCGAAUAACUUUGAGGGAGCUUUAACGGGGACACAUCUUCCAGCAAGGCUGUGCACAGACAUUUUUAGGGGCAAUGGCCCCAAACAAAAAAGGGCAAAUAUCCAAAUAAAAGAUAAGGUACUUUAUUAAUUUUCUGUUAUAACGAUAUAAAGACAAUAUAAAUUAUAUUUUUGGUGAGGAGUAGGGGGGUUGAAACUCAGACCUUCUCCGUCAAAGGUUAACACUAAGUAUGAGUGUCCAUCUGGUCACACUCAGGUUCCGGUCAAAUAAUUAUCUUACCUGUAACUUCCUGUUCUGGCUGAUCCUUAACGCUCUGACUCUCCCUCUACCUCUUGAAUGAAGGCAAUUACAUUGUUAUUGAUACUACUUUACUUGCUAUAUAACACACAUGAAGGCACACACGUCUAAAAACACUUUGAGUAAACAAUGGACUUUUUGACGACUCAAAUAUUUUGUCACUUACAAAACAAAAGCUGCUUGUGUUUGGGAGUGAGUGAGAAAUACUGGAGUGGAGUGACUGAGCGGCAGUCAGUCCUGUUUGCUUCAGUCUUUGUUGUGGAAAUGACUCGUAUGUGCCUAAGUAAGACUUUGACAACAACACAAGGCCGCUGACCCUGUGCUUUUCACAGGGAACAGAAUUGUGCAACUCUGACCGUAAACAUUAGCCAGAGUAUGUAAAGACGCAGUGUGUUGUUGUGGUGGCUGCUGAUGACAGCAUCAGUGAGCAGGACGCUUUGAUCAUUUUAGUCCCAACAACACAACCACCCCUGGCUGGAAUGACGACAACUGAGCAUCUGCAGACGAAAAGGAGGAGCUGGAGGUUUAAGCCACUACUAAACAGCUAAACGGCUGCAUGUCUUUAAACCAACCUGAAAUGCGCUCUCACUGGUAUGUAAACAAUUCAACCACACCUGAGGUUUGACACCUAUGCUUGACAUGUACCUGAAGCUCCAGCCUCAGCAACAUGAGGCAGCCGAUCUGCUUUUACAAAUAUUGAUAAUUUCAUGCACAUUUCAUCUCUCUGAUACGGACAACAACACCUGCAGUUCAUUAACUUGGGCAUUUUGUGAUUCAGCUCAUGCAGCAGACGAUGUCUUAUCAGUAAUGUCAGAAAACAGCAACUGUGACCUUGUUUUUUAGAAUUGACAUGCCAUUCCUGUGACCUGAUUCUCAGCUUCCGCCACAUGGCUGUUUGCUGCUGUUUGGUCAAGUAUCACAGUGAAGCAGUUUUCUACUCAGAUGGACACUGCUGCCAAACAGGAAAUGGACGACGGCAGUCACUCGAUGGAAAGAACAAUUAGACAAAAAGAAAACAGAAAUACAGAGACACUACAAACAGACUAUGGAUGAAUAGAAUGGUAUGCAGUGGAACAGUUUAAAACAUCAGGAUCCAUGUCUGUAUAGGAGAUAUCUUAAAACCAGGUCUGAAUGUUUGCGGACUUUUCUCCUUGUGUUUCCAGCUUGUCGACAAUAAAAUGUGAAUAUUUUAGAGACUGAGGCUACAUUCCUCUAAGCUCCAGCCUCAAUAAUGUAGUGGCCUCUGUCAUUAAAACAGACACAGGAGUGCUUCAGGCAGACAGUGUGGACACAGAGAGUCCUGUCUGUCGCCGUCAGCAGCUCCUGUGUGUCAACACCACAAACCUCUGUCGCAUCAGCAGCAGCAGGUUCUGUCCUACUUCAGCCACAGCACAUAGGAGGUCAAAGUGAUUCUUUAAAAUUAAAUCCUAAGAGUUGAAUGAUCCAUCAGAAGUCUACAUCAGUGUUGGUAUCUUAGUCUGACUUUACCCUGAGACACUGCCAAUGAGGGGGUGUCAAAACCGUAACUGGAACUACUUCCAUUCACAGCCACCCUUAGAUGGGUGUGGUCUGCUGAGCGAUCCAGUAGAUAAAAGCUGAGGGGGUGGAAGUCAGUCAUACAUUAGCAUUAGCAAGCUGUUCACUUAGACUCCACAUCUGAGUCUGAAAAGAAACAAUAGCCCAGCAGAGCUGGAGCUUCCAGAGCAGAAACUGAUGUUGAUUUUCUGCAAUACUGCUGAAAUAAAAAUUGUUUGUCCGUUUUUUACCCACUGCUACUUAAUUUCUGAAUGAAUGAUGUUUCUACCACUUCUUAUUAGAAAGAACGAGAAAGAUUGAAAGCCGUUAUUGGUCAUUAUCAAUACAAUGUAACAACAAAAUUGGUCUUUUGCAUUUAACCUACGCCCUGGGGGAGCAGUGGGCUGCCAUUCAAGGUGCCCCAGGAGCGGGUGCAAAGUGUCUUACUCAAGGACACACUUGGUGCUCUGGGGUUUGAACCUGGGACCUUUUAUGCACAUAGAGACAUGGGACUUCUUGUAGCCUGUGGGUGUAGUUUCAAAAAAGGUUGUUUAACGGGCAGAUGUUGUGGACCCAGUAUUAAAUAAAAGCAUACAGCCUGAAGGGACUGUCACAGAAAAACCUGCUGUAGAAAUUGUACCUAAGGCAAAAAUGUCAGAGGAUAUUCAACAGGUACAGGAAGUGCAGCAAACAUCUGGUCCUGGACCUUGAGCCAUGCAUCCAUAUGUACUUUUCCAUUGUUGAUGCACUGUUUCCUAAUUAUAUAUGCUUUCAUCUGCAUUGCUUCCCUGUGUUAUGCUUUACUAUAUAUUUAUUACUAGAUGACGUUUUGAUGAGGCAGCCUCUGGUUGUAUUCCACUGACCCGCAGACAGUGUGUAUGUGUGUGUGGAACCAGUUACAGUACAUUUCUUUUUCGCAUUUUGUCCCGUUUUACUCCCAAACGAACAGAGUUUUGUCGGCUAAUGGCCGCAACCUUGUGGACUUAGGGGUCACGUGACCAGGUGACAGUGCCCAUCAUGCGUUGUGAUUCGUCAAGCCUUUACAUUGUUCGUCCCCUCCGAUAGGCUGUCCGUAUCCACGUCACGGCGAUCAGCUGUUGAGGCUCCACAACAACAACAAAAGAAAGAGCAGUGGGGGAUCGAGGAGGAAACCGACUGAAGGACAAAAAGAAGAGUUCCGUUGCACUGUGGCUCCCUAAAUUAACACUUUUAUAUUUAUUUCUUCUGCGAAGAAACAUUUUUUUUUCUAUUUUCCGAAAAGUAACGCACCUACCUCCGUUUUUAGGGAUUUUAAUCGCGCUUUGAUUCCUUUUCCAUCUCCCGGCGGUGCCGCAGUACCUGUUCCCAAUGCCUGCAUCAGAUUGACCCUGACGCCGAGCCAUGUCCAGCCUGCCUCUGUUGUCCUUCAGAUGAGUUGUGACCUCUCCCCAUAUAUGCACUUUAACCCCUGUGCUGAACCUAGCAGCUGAUGACCAAAGUGCCCGCCAGUGCUCCCUGCCUCCCCCAGCGUCGUGCAGAACCAUGUUCCAUAGGUUCGCCAGCGCUCUGUUUGGAGACGACAUGGAGGAGCAGAGUCAGUCCAGCGGCCCUGGAGGUGGAGACGAGAAGGAGCAGGAGGAGGAUGAGGACUGGAUCCUGGUGAACUACCUAACUGAAACCUGCUCUGCUCAGUGUGGCGACGGCCUCUCCGGAUCCACUGUUUGCCCAGAGGAGGAAGGAGGACCGCUGAUGAGCCCGUCCCCCGUGGACAGCCUCCACGCCCGCUACGCUUCCUGCACCUCCCUCGACUCCACGACUGACACGGACCCGGACGGCGGGCCAGAAGACGAUGAUGAGAGCGGCUUCCUGCGCGUAGACGCAAGCUCUCUGGAGGAGAGCUGGUUCGUCACCCCCCCACCCUGCUUCACCGGCUGCGACACCCAACCUGUCCUGCUGGAGACCAGCCCCCUGGAGAACCUGCUGAUCGAACAUCCCAGCAUGUCUGUGUACGCCCACCACAGCCUCCAUCGGCUGCCGCUCAACCCCCUGGAGCUGGGCUUGUUGGCUGAGAACGUACCCACAGUCCCCACAGCCUCGAGUGGAAAAGAAAAAGCAAGACGAAUGCUGGACUCCCCUCGCCACAGUCCAACAGUAAUUUAUAAAGUAAAUAGAAAUGGAGGCAGAGCCGAAUCAUCAAACGGCAGGAAAGAAAUAAAAAACACACCAGUGACUGGAUUCUACACAAGCAAGAGGCCGCUCAGCGCCGCACUGGCCUCCACCCGGCGCUCUCUGCUUUGCCCGGCCCUCACAUCACCCAACGCACCCAACCGCUGUCCCGCAAUGCUCUGCGCCGCCUCAACCUUCUGCGGCCCCCGAAGGCCAGCACCGUGCACCUGCACCAGCCCGCCCAGAGACAGCUCAACUUCUGAGGCGUCCUGAAAGCUUUACCUCAUCAUCAUCAUCGCCAUCAUCAACCUCAUUUAAGGAGUUUUGGGAAACAAACACUGGCAUCAGGCAAAUUUGUUCGUCUCUCAAGAAAUCAAACACCAGCAACGAGUCAGUCGAUUCGACAUUAGCAUCACUUGAUCUGUUUUAAAAUCUGGUUGACUGGUGACAUGGGGAUCCACCUUAUUCUAUCCUCACCUUAUCCAGCUGCCUUUGCGUUGAUGCUGAAAAGAAGCGAUGUAAAAGGAAAAGGUCAUGAUGUGUCCUCUGUUCACAUUUGCUCCUCUGUAUAUGCUCUGUUCAGCUGCUUCUUGUGUUGUGGACUGUUGGGGAUAUGCUCCAGUCGUCAAGAGGAAGCGGCGGCGUCCUCUUCUGUUAUUUACAGACAGCUUACUGUGUAGAAUCAAUGCUGUAGGUCACUUUAUGUGGAGGUGGGUCAGCAGUGGGAUGAGCAGAUGUUAUUAUUGCAGCACUGAACAGAGUGACAGAUCAGUAACCGUCCAGGAAAAGGGGCUUCCGAUCCCAGAGCAACAAGUACAGUACUACCGUUUGAUCAGUCCAGCCUGCUGCCCCAGAAAUGACCAGAACCAGAAAGUCUGGAGUCACCGCAUUUAAACUCUAGCCUUAAGGAAAAUGCCCUCAAACACACGGGCAUCUGUAAAAUGUCAGACUCAUGAGACAUGAUUAACCAAACUUUGGAAACAGCUGCAUCAGGUUGUCUGGGCCUGAUCGAGGCUGAUGGCAUAGACUUGUUGUAUUAUUGGAAAUGUAGGAUCCAGUGUUUUGAGAGUUCAGCUCAUGUGAGGAACCACAGUCGGGCUUUUUCAGGCCCAGUGUUAAUCUGGUCCAAGUUUAGUGCCCAACACUACAUCUGCAUAGUUGUGUCUAAACAUGAGCGUAUUACCCACAGAACUGCAGGCCUGGACUCUGCGCUGAUCCACAUCCUGAUUCCUGGGGCUGGUUUCCCUCGUUCUGACAGCUUCUCCUUUAUUCUCUCUCCCGUGAGCUUGCUGUGCGUCGUUUACGCUGCUGAACCUGCCUCUGACUUUUAAUUCAGUACUUUUCACAAUCUUCUUUUAAAAAAAAGGUAAAAAGUGGUAAAAAAAAUUACUGGGUUGAAAAUCACUAAACGCCUUGUUUAACGGUAGUUUUUAGAUGAAUAGAAUUGUAAAAAAUCUAUUUAAAAAAACUUCCAAAAUAUUUUUUAAAGGAAAAAACAAAUGACAUAUCAGUAUGACGUGGUGGAUGUGUGAGUGGCUGUUGUAGGGUUGUGUCAGUGUCACCGUGGGGGGAAAUGGACAAUGAUUAUUAUUUCUCUCUGGAUAUUUUUGUUUGUUCCUAAAUGAAUCUGCAGUCAACUUCUCAGGGUCACAACGAUCACCUUUACACUUUAGGAAAAUGCAGAUUACUUGACGGCUGAUGAUUAGUUUGUGUGAGCUCAAACGUUCUCCCACGUCAAAAUGUGUGAGAUGUAAUCUUUUAGUUUUGCUUAUUGGUCUGUGAAAAUCAACGUUGACGGUUUGAUGUGGAGACAAAGUUGGCUUUGUUCUGCUUUUAUAUUUUUGCUGGGCUGUAGUGAAUGUGAUGUUAGGAAUGUGCUUUAUGCGUUUAACUUUUCUGUUUCUUACAUUAACAAACUUAAUGUGUUAUAUUUAAACCAAAAUUGUUGCAACGAUCUCCAGCUGUUUUUCUUAUACUGUUGUUCAACUGAUCUCUGCCAUGACGGUGAGCCAUGUUUAUUUGCCGAAGAGGCAGCGGAGCCUGGACCGAGUGACCACACUGCAGGAGUACAAACAUGCGGCAUCCUCCAGACUAUCCAACCUAAGCCUCAGCUGAUGAUCUAGUAAAUUCUAAUUGGGGCCGAUUAAAGGUUCUCUUCUAUGAUCUUGACCUAAAAGGGAAAUGUUUUACCCUUUAAACUCAGUUUAUAUAUAUAGUUACUUGACCAUGAAUGGAAUAGGGUGUUGAUGGCAAUUGAACCACGUUUGAAGAUACUUGAACACAAAAAGGGAAACGAGACGUUGAGCGUUUCAGUGAUUUGUUAUGGAAACUCUUUGCAGUGUGGUUCUCCAAUGCCCAGUCUGUCUCUAGAUGUUAGUAUUACUGAGAAGGCACUGACAAUGUCUGUUGUCUUUCUGUACAUAAUACUGGUAGUGGAGGUUGUUUUUCUUAUGUAUUUAAGCUUUUUAUCUCCAGCGUCUCUAAUAAUGAACUUAAUGCUGUUUUCUGUUACUAUGGUGUUUUUAAAAGGAAUGAGGAAGCAGAGAAGACAACACCUGGUUCCUCCCACCGUCAGGAACCUCUUUUUGUUUCAUCUUCACUCUUUGUUCUCAGCUUAAAUCUCCACCAUCGACAUAACAGGGAUUUGUAGUGUUUUCUGUUCAAUGCCUUGAAAUUUGUGGAUCACGUGCCUUCCAGGUCAAAAUGUUGUAAUAGCAAUGCAUCAAUGAAGAACUUGAACUUUUGCUUUUUAAAUGUAAUGAAUCCGACAUCAGAAAGCGACUAUGCACCCACUUGGAGGAGGCGCUGGCUGAGGCCCUGUACAGCUUUUAUAAUGACUUAACAAACCAGACAGAACCAUGUAGCAAAAUCUCUUUUCUCGUUGUUUUUGGAAAAAGCGUGAAAAUACUAACGUGGCAUUUUUUUCUUAUUUUUAGUGUCAAACUAUGUCCGUCCUUUUACUUUUUUGUAGUUUACUGGACAGCACUUUGCCAAAAAGAAAAGGGUUGAAUUUUUAUUGAACAACCAGGGUGUACUCCUUUAUAUUUUGGAUCCACUAUGUUCUAAUUUUAGAAACACAACAUGCUAAUUAAAAACUGGGCUCAUCUGUGUUUUUAACAAGUAGUGAAUACAUGUGAUUUUGUAUUAGCCUGUAAUAAACGUUUUCACACGCAAA